GGAGGCAAUGAGCACAUGGAGGGAAAAUAUCACCAGCUUCAUUAGCAACAGAGGACAGAUGGAAUAAAAAACAACAAUGGAAAGUAAUACAUAUAAACACAGCAUGCUUAUCUGAAGUUAUUUUCAGAGGAAUUUACACUGAAAACACAGUCUUUCCUGACAAAAAAUAAAGUUUAGGACUGGAUAAGCGAUUGACUGGAAAACUGGAGACUGAGAACAACUUAGCUUUUGUGACUGAUAAUUAGGAGCAUUUAAUAAAACUGGACCACACGUGUUUUGAAGAUGGGUCACAGGUGAAAAGGCAUGCAUUUGAGAAUUUAAAGAAUGACAAGUCAAGACAAAAAGGGAUUUGAACUGUUUUUAUUGUCAUUUUCAGCAAGCACAACUAAAGGGAACUGAUGCUGAUGCCAGGUCCAGGAAGUAUCGGUAGCUUGGUGACACCAUCAUGGUCAAUGUGACACUCAAUGGAACUUGGGAGGAGGAUCAUGUUGAGUACAACUAUCUGGCUCUUCUGUUUGGAAUUCCACUCAUCCUUAUCAUUAUCCUGGGGAACAUCCUAGUCUGCCUGAGUGUGCUGACGGAACGAUCUCUGAAAACUGCUACAAAUUACUUCAUUGUCAGCCUGGCUGUUGCAGACCUCCUUCUUGCCAUAUUGGUCCUUCCAUUGUAUGUCUACUCAGAGUUUCUGGGUGGUAUAUGGACCCUAAACACCUAUAUCUGUGAUGCACUGAUGACCAUGGAUGUAAUGCUCUGCACAGCCUCCAUUCUCAACCUCGGCGCAAUCAGCGUUGAUAGGUACAUUGCAGUGGUAGUUCCUCUGAAGUACAACCGGAAUCAGUUCAGUAUGCGGCAGCUGGUCCUAAUCACAGCAACCUGGGUCCUAUCUUUUGGGGUAGCCAGCCCAGUUAUCUUCGGCUUGAACCGUGUCCCCCAAAGGAAUCCCCACAUUUGCAAGCUGGAAGAUGACAACUUUGUGGUCUACUCCUCUGUGUGUUCCUUCUUUGUGCCUUGUCCAAUCAUGCUGCUGCUCUAUUAUUGGAUGUUCCGUGGACUGAAGAGGUGGAGUGCCAGUCGCAAGUCAAACUUGAUGCGUGGGGAGCGGAGGUUCUCCCUUAGUCUGAAGGGCCUGAGCAGGGAGAGGAGGGAGAAGGUGAAGUGCCUGAUGCCCAACCUCAGCCCCACCACGGCCAAUCAGACAACCUUGCCUGAGAAUGACUUGAUCACAACCCAACUGGAUAGCACAUCUGAGGCAGAGGCUCAGGAACGGCUGAAAGAAGGUAGCCCCAAAGAGAAUGGACUCAAACAAAACCACUGUUCCAGCAAGGGGUCUCAAAGUAAGAGCCGCAGAGUGAGUGGCAGGGAGCGCAAGGCCAUGAAGGUCCUGCCCAUUGUUGUAGGUGUGUUUCUGGCGUGCUGGACACCAUUCUUUGUGGUCCAUGUGACCAAGGUUCUUUGUCAGUCCUGUGAUAUUGGACCCACGUUGAUAAGUGUGGUAACGUGGCUGGGUUAUGUGAACAGUGCAGUGAAUCCUAUUAUCUACACAGCCUUCAACACGGAAUUCAGGAAUGUCUUUCAGAAACUGUUAUGCUGUCAGACAUGAAGCUGUCAUGAGAAAGAACUUUGUUUUUUUCCUUCUUGUCUGAAAUAGUUUGAGAUUCAUUUUAUUUUUUACAACUGUCCUGGUGUAUAAAUUAUAUUGUACCUUUAAAUGCCUUAGUUGAUGUAACUGUAAAUGUAGUGUUCACUCUUUUAUGAUGACUUAAAAUCAUGCCGAGCUCUAAGCCCAGUGGCAUAACAUGUGAAAAUGUGCACAUUCAGUUCUUGAGGCAAGUUAUAAUUUCGUGUCAGUUUUAUCUAGAAUCCGAAGUGCGUUUGAGUUCUUUGAUUUUAUUUUAUAUUUAUACAGUACAUUUUAACAGGGCUAAUUAAUACGUUUUUAAAAACUAUAAAAAACUAUAACAAAAACAUGCUUAAUUCUUUAAAGUUUCAGUAACCAAGCUGGACGGCAGACCAUCACAUUUAAUGAGCACAUUAAUCCAACGUGGUCAACCAACCAUGGUUCAACAUCACCAGUUCAGUUGGACCAACAUUUAGAAAAAUGUACCGUCAAACGUUUUCUCUUUGUCAAAGAGGCAAAACAUAUGGUGUACUAGGAAAUGCAACACAUAUACUGUAAUAUAUUGUUUCACCAUGUUUCUUACUGUUUAAUUGCCCCUAUGACCCUUAGGGGCACGAGAAAUCAAGCCAGUGAUGCCUUUCUAAUUUCAAAAUGUGCAUAGAGCUGAAAUGAAGUGUGGUGAUGUUAGAACUUCCCAGAAAUGUCAGAACUAUGGCGUUAUAUUUGUAAUAAUGGUGGCAGUACCCUAGAUUUGCAAGACAAAUUCUGCAUAUAGUAGGGAGUCACAGUAGAUGGUGUCUCACGUGUCAGAGUCACAACUGUGACUAUUGAUCACUGUGCUUUAAUAUUUCUGCCAGUUUCUAAUAGUCUAGCCUUUGUUAGUCCAGCUAUAUUUAGUCCAGCUAUAUAGUGUUGAAGAAAUGUUUUUGUGCUAACAUAAUCACAAAAUAAACUUAAAGAAUAGUUAGUUAGACAAACGGUUCUACCUGAUAUUUCCCAGACACGUGUCUAAUUUAUAGCUUCUCAUAAGUACUAGUCAAUCAAAUCUAGCAGACAGUGGUUUUUUUUUUGCUGAAAUAAUUAAAUUAAAUGUUAAACAGAGUUGUGUUUAAAAUAUAGAUGCAGAGGGAACACAUUGCUAGUUUUUCUCAGCAAUAAGUAAAUCCCUUAUAAAUGUACAGUAUGAAACACAUUUUAGAAAUCGUCCAAUAUAAAAUUUGCAAUCUCAUUAAGACUAACUUGGGUUGAACUAAUGUCCUGAUACUACGAAUUUUCUACAUGGACCCAGCCUAAUUUAGCCGCUGCUUUUUGUAAAUAACUUAUAAUACGAAUUCACUUCAUAUGAAUGUCCUGUUUGUGCAAAUUAUUUUGGAGCAUCCCCAGGGAAGAAACAUUUGAAUAAAACUAAUUACCCAAAUAUGAAAAAUUGAGUGUAAAGGAUAUUGGGAAAUGUAUUAACUUCCAUCCAGAUUAACUCCUCUGUUCUGUAUUUUAGUGCUGUUUUGGGACUGCUGAUCCUAUGAUGCAUUUUGAGUCAGUGUUUCCGAUAUGAGGACACCUUGCUUUUGUGGUUUAAAAAUGCUGGUGAUCAGAAUGGGACAUGCAGAUUUCAAGUUGCAAUGUAUAGUUUUUAGUUCACUUACAACCGUAUUUUCAAUAAAAUGCACAGCAUUGUACUGUAAUUGAAAUUUGAUUUCAGUGUUAC